AAAAGAAGAACUGAAACAGUCUGCGUUGAGCGCUCGUGGAGUGGUUAUAUUCGCCGGCUCGACCCUGAAGAUACCGCGGCGAGAAAAUUACGAAGGGAAAAAAAGCGAAACGUCGCGCCGUGUUUAUAUUUCUUUAUAAAUAAAUUAUUUUGUUGUGUGUUAUGGGAUAUUAGGACUUUAUUUUUUUUGGUGGGAAUUAUGGCCAAUUUUGCUGUUUCUUUAAAAAGGAGCUCCAGUGAUUUUGAAGAUCAAAUGUUAUACAGAAAGAAACCUGAUCUGAGAAAUGAUGCUGAUAAAGCAGAACCGAAAGACUUGACCAACAGAAAUAUGUUUCCUAGCACCCAAAUUAAAAUGAGACUAAUGUCACCAAAUAUCUCUCCGGCUACAUCACCAACAAUGUCAUCGUCAUCGUCCCCCACCCCUCCACCACCCAGUACCACCACUACCAUGUCGGCUGCCAGCUACACCAAAAUGGCGGGUAUUCCUUGCGUUGCCGCUGCCUCCAGAUAUACUGCUCCGGUGCAUAUUGACGUUGGCGGGACCAUUUACACCUCAUCGUUGGAAACCCUUACCAAAUAUCCGGAGUCCAGACUAGCAAAACUCUUUAACGGUAGUAUUCCUAUAGUGCUAGACUCCCUGAAACAGCACUAUUUCAUAGACAGAGACGGAGGCAUGUUUCGUCACAUUUUAAACUUUAUGCGCAACUCGAAGCUCUUAAUUCCAGAAAACUUCCAAGACUUGGAUCUCCUGUUAGAAGAGGCCAAGUAUUUUGACAUCCCUCCAAUGGUGCGACAGCUGGAGCAAAUGAAAAAAGAGCGUCAAAAGAAUGGGGUUUCUUGUCCAGCUCUUACAAUUACGUCAUUAACAGGAGCUUCUUCGGGAUCCAGGACCCUGGAUAGAAGUCCCAGAAAUUCAGGGAGUCAAGAUUUGUACGAGUGCGUAGCGUUACACGUUAGUCCGGACCUUGGGGAGCGAAUAAUGUUGAGUGGGGACAGAAGUCUUCUGGAUGAGGUGUUUCCUGAAACAAAUCAGGCAGUUAUGGAUGCUAGGAUGGGAGCAGCUUGGAAUCAGCAGGAUGCGCAUCACGUGAUUAGGUUUCCUCUUAACGGGUAUUGUAAGCUCAACUCAAUGCAAGUGAUUCGAAGGCUUCUAAAUGCCGGAUUUAAAAUAGCGGCCAGCAAUGGUGGAGGAGUGGAAGGACAGCAGUUUUCUGAAUAUUUGUUUGUGAGAAGGGUGCUGCCAGGGUGAUUCUUGCAGGGGCGAGGGGUGGACUUUAUUAAAGUUGAAAAUGAUUUAAAUUGAGAAAGUCAACAGUGUAUAUAGGACUGAUAUUUUAAAAAUGCUUGGAUCUAACAAAGAAGCUUUUGUUACUCUGUUUUUUUUCGAAAUUUUAAUGACGAUCUUAUAUGUAGAAGUGGAUUAAAUUUGUCUUACUUGAUCUCGAAAAAAUCUUUUUACCUGUGAUUUUUGGCAUCAAAUGUUAAAAAUUGAAAUAGACACACUAAUGUAAUAUUAUAUUGAUGUAAACAAGUAGAA